AACGCUGGCAGGGAAGCACUGGUGGAGAUGUGCGGAAACGAGUAUGUGCAGAGAAUGACGUUCGAGAGCUAUUUGUACAAAAGAUUAGCAGAGGGGAGCAGAUGGGAAGACGCAAAGUUGAUGUGGAACACCGUCGGAAGUCUCAUUAAGUGUGAGAUUGUUGGGAGAAGUGGGAGCCGGAGGAUGGCUUUCUUCUAGUUAGUUGUAUCAUGUAUCAUGUAUGUACCUUCUUUUCUGCUUGGAAUUCUUAUUUUCAUGGAAUGGAAAUUAAAUAACAAAGAGUUUGCAUACUCUAAAGGACAACCCUGCUGCAACAGUGCACUAGAAAAUGCGCCAUUUUUCUCAA